GUCUUGCGGGGCGCGGGAGGCAAGCGCGUCCGGACCGGCUCGGAGGGGCUCGGGCGAGAUGGCAGCGCUGAAUGGGACCCUAGAGAACGGGCCGACGGAGAAGAAGGCUCCCGUGCCCCUACCUCGUCCGAUUAGGAACCUGGAGAUCCAGUACACCAAGAUAUUUAUUAAUAAUGAAUGGCAUGAGUCAAAAAGUGGAAAGAAAUUCCCUACAUUUAACCCCUCAACAGCUGAGAAAAUCUGCGAAAUCGAAGAAGGUGACAAGCCUGAUAUUGACAAAGCUGUGGAGGCAGCAAAAGCAGCCUUCCAAAAUGGAUCUCUGUGGAGACAAAUGGAUGCUGCAAGUCGUGGACAGCUCCUGAAUAAACUGGCAGAUCUGAUUCAGCGAGACAGGGAGGUGUUGGCAACACUGGAAACUUUGGACACAGGAAAACCAUUUCUCCAAGCUUUUUUUGUUGACCUUGAAGGUUGCAUAAAAACCCUGAGAUACUAUGCUGGAUGGGCAGAUAAAAUCCAGGGGAAGAAUAUUCCUGUGGAUGAAAACUAUGUCUGUUUCACCAGGCAUGAGCCUGUGGGAGUUUGUGGAGCUAUCACACCAUGGAAUUUUCCUUUGCUCAUGCUGGUAUGGAAGAUGGCCCCAGCUUUGUGUUGCGGCAACACCUUAGUUGUGAAACCUGCUGAGCAAACACCCCUCACCUCAGUCCACCUUGGCUCUUUAGUCAAGGAGGCAGGGUUCCCUCCAGGGGUAGUCAACAUUGUACCAGGAUACGGACCAACUGCAGGGGCUGCUCUUUCUAUGCACCCCAAAGUUGACAAAAUAGCUUUCACAGGCUCAACAGAGGUUGGAAAGCUGAUCAAAGAAGCCGCCUCAAAAAGCAAUCUCAAGAGAGUGACUCUCGAGCUCGGCGGGAAGAAUCCUUGCAUCGUCUGCGCAGAUGCUGACCUGGACUUAGCUGUAGACUGUGCCCACCAGGGUGUCUUCUUCAACCAAGGUCAAUGCUGCACAGCUGCUUCACGGGUUUUUGUGGAGGAACAGAUAUACCCAGAAUUUGUCAAACGCAGCGUGGAAUAUGCGAAGAAACGACUCGUGGGGGACCCAUUUGAUUUCCAAACUGAACAGGGGCCACAGAUUGAUCAGCAGCAGUUUGACAAGAUCUUGGACUUGAUCGAAAGCGGGAAGAAAGAAGGGGCCAAGCUGGAGUGUGGUGGUUUAGCAAUGGGCGAUUGUGGCCUGUUCAUCAAACCAACCAUUUUUUCAGAGGUUACAGACAACAUGCGAAUUGCCAAAGAGGAGAUUUUUGGACCUGUGCAGCCCAUAACGAAGUUUAAAAGCCUAGAAGAAGUCAUACAGAGAGCCAAUAAUACAGAAUACGGACUCACGGCAGCAGUGUUUACAAAGAACUUAGACAGAGCCUUGACCUUAGCCUCAGCGUUACAAUCUGGCACUGUCUGGAUCAAUUGCUACAACUCCUUCUUUGCACAAGCUCCCUUCGGUGGUUUUAAAAUGUCAGGAAAUGGCAGAGAACUAGGGGAAUACGCUCUCUCGGAAUACACAGAAGUGAAGACGGUCACCAUUAAACUGUCUCAGAAGACUCAUUGAGCGACGGACGCAAGGAGGCUAAAAACUCUUGACACUCUGAAUGUUGACGUAUAAUGUGGAUUGAGGGGCCUGUGCUAAAAUUGGAAAGGGGGAAAAUUGCCAACUUUCCUUUCUUUAAAAAGGAAACCAAAUAAUUUUUAGAGGGUCAUGUUGAGCUGCUCCUACCAACUCAAAAUUAAUUAACUGGUUUUCUGAAACAGGCUUGGUCUAUCAGCUGCAAGGAUCUUUCCUCCAAUCUGGUGUCUUCCAGAUGGGUUAGGACUUGAUUUCCCAUGUCUUUGGCCAUGGCGCUAGGAAUUCUGGGAGCUGAAGUCUCAGAAAACAUCUGGAAGGCACCAGUUAGAGAAAGGUGAAGAAUGAAAGAAAAGCGUGGAAGUAUUUUCAAGUAGCCGGACUCCAACCAACCCAAAGAGAUAUCCAGGUUUGGGAACAGAUUUCCAGGUGGAGCCCUGAGGCUAUUUGACAUUUUUAUACUCAUUCACUUAGGAUUGUUUUCCAAAUCCCUAAAAAUGGAGGCCUUCAGAAAAUACUUUAAUCAGGUGCUGAAGGCUAGAUGGCAGGCAGUUUUUACGCACAACAUUUUUUUUUUCCUUGCCCACACUACUUAGAGUAGGGAUUUUUGCAACUUAGCAAAGGGGCUCCAUUUUGGGAUUUUCCGGCAAAUAUUUUACUGUUGGCGAAUGUUAAAGUGAUUUUGAAAUGUUCCAUGAAGACGAAAAAGGAAGGAUCCCAGAUGCUCUCAUGAGUUUCUUGUCCAUUAAUUUCUCACAAGCACUUGCACAGACAUUUCCCCCUCUGGAUGGUGAACAAGAGCAUUAUUGGACUGCUACAAUAAUUGCCUCUCUCUUGUGCAUUUCAUGACCACUGUCCACAGUGCAAUCUGGAAUCUUUGGUUUAUUUUUUAUGACUCGCUUUUUAAAAUAAAUAUAUUCUAUGCUGUGAUUUCAAGCUUUUUCAAUGUCUUGUAAUUACUGACGAUAACCAGAUUUUAUUAUGGUUUUGUACACACUGAAUUUUUUUUUUACUUUGGAAAUUAAAAUCUUAGGCACUAAUUGUAAAGUACAACCCUGUAGAGUCUUUAUACUAUUUCAUUGCAUGUUAGUGCUGUUUUUUGGUAUGAAGUAUUAUCAUUAAAUGUUUAAAUAUAAAUAUAUAUAUAAUAUAUUUAUAAAUUAGAAUGCAAUUAAUCUAAUGUAUUUUUAUUGCUGAUUGUACAUGGAAAUAAUUUGCCUAUUUUAAAAGUUAU